UGGAAAAAAUCGGGGAAAAGGAGAAAAAACCUCGGGCGAAAGCGAUGCACAGUUGGAUGCAGCGCCUGCUGACCGCGGCAACAACGGCCGCCGCCCUCCUCGCCGCCGUCUGCGCAGCCGCCUCCGCGCUCGACGCCUUCCACGUCCCCGCCGUCCAAGCGCAAGCCCAUGUUACAAAGAUUAAUCGGUUCCACAAACAGAUCAAUGGCAAUGACAAGGUGACGUUGACCUUCAAUGUAUCUGCAAAUUUGGAGUCACUAUUCACUUGGAACACAAAACAGGUCUUUGUCUUUCUGACAGCUGAGUAUAAAAACGCGAAAAAUUCACUGAACCAGAUUUCGUUAUGGGACCAUAUUAUACCGGACAAGGAACAUGCAAAUCUGCAACUAGAGGUGAAGAGCAAGUAUCCUCUAAUCGACCAAGGAAGCAGUCUGCGCGGGAAGAAAGUUCAGCUUGUUCUCCACUGGUAUGUUAUGCCCAAUGCUGGCACCAUGAUCCAAGAUCAGAUGGCACUCUCGGAGUUCAAGCUGCCUGAUGCCUAUACCUCUUGAAAGAAAAGCUUAUUGACCUGGGAAGAAUCCUCUAACGAACAUCCUUCUAAUCUGUCAUCUGCAAUUGGUUGCCAAACGAAUGGAGAUCUGAUUCAUAUUAAGCGCUGACUGUUGCCUUCGAUCAAGCGUUGAAGAACAAUUUGGAAAUUAUGAUGACCACUAUUUUUUAUUCACUCAUGCUCGAUUGAGGAUGCACGUAACUAGAUGCAAACUGCAGCGGCUUAUUGAUGGAUUGUUACUCGGAAUGCAUAUUCGCGGGCUCAGCUGAGCUCAGCAGCCGGUUGUUAGCCACCUAGUUCUUCUUGCAGGGUGGGCCGCAGACGCCGAGGAAGGUGUCGGUGCACUGGAACUGCUUGACGGGGUACUUCUCGACGACCUUGCAGACGGGGUCGCACUUGCUGACGAUGUCGUCGCAGGUGUAGAGCCCGGAGAAGGAGAAGUUGCGCUUGGUGCAGCACCCGAGUUUGCCACCGUUGGUCUCCAUGUUGCCCUUGUUCUCUACUUUAUCAGUUCCAGGUCCAACUCUUUGGUUCAGUAACAAGUUUUCUAGUUA